GCAAUAUUCAAUGCAAAUGUAAAAUGUACAUGUAAUGCAUCAUGUCCCUUGACAUAAUACAAGCCUGCCAACUAUUUAUAAACACAUAAUAGUAAACAGCACUAGCAUCAAGAAGACACAAACAUGGCACACAGCCACUUGGUUGUCGAAGGUCUGGAUUAUGCUGUGGACGAAUUCAUGCUACAGCAAUACUUUAAGCAAUAUGGAGCAAUUCGAUAUGUAGAAGUGAAAUAUGAUGAAGAAAGACAGCAACCCCUUGGCUAUGCUCACGUUAAGUUUGUCAAUCCUUCUGCACACAUCAAAGUCUUCAAUGACAGUCCACACAGAAUCAACAAGAAAGAGUGUAAGAUAAGGUUACAGAGGGAUAUUCAAUCCCAGAGUGAAUAAAAACCAUGCACACAGACAAUGAUUAAUUAAUGCAUUCAUAACAAAUUAUUUUAGAAAUUAGAUUUGAUUAAUGAUACAUUGUACAUACUGUAUAAACGUUUUGAUGACAAAUGAUAAUAAGAGUUGCUACUUCAACCAGAUAUUUAA